AUCUGCACCUUGGUCUCUUCCCUACUCCUAACUUGGACCGCGCAAACAGGAGGAUUAGGUAUAGGCGAGCAAUACCUCGUUGCCUACAUAGCUAGCAUCAUUGCACAAGAAUGGAUCCAUUCACGCUAACUGCUUUCCUGGCCUUCCCGUUUGGGAAAUAUGUCCCAUUAGCUAGCACCUUCCGAGAGGUAGAACUCCACUACGAUGAAAAUUUUUAUCCAGCUCACCAUUGGUCUUAUGCUGACGUGCAUAGUCUGCUCAUGGUGCGCCUUAGUUUUUUCGGGGUACCGUGCAUUGGCGACGCAUGAGCGAAGCUUGCAAUGUCGCAUUGAGCGAUGUAGGUUUCAAGAGGAAGGUUACACACAGGGUCCGUACCAUCUUGACGAGCAUGUCCAAGUGGAAGCUCAUCAAGGUUCACAUGGUGGUGCACUUCGAGGAGGCCAUUAAGCGGGGUGGGCUUCCAGAGGAGUACUCAACAAACAUGUACGAGCACUUUCACAAGGACUGUGUGAAGAGGCCAUACCGGGCAUCAAACCGGCGCGAGUGGACAGAGUCGAUCAUCAAGAGCAACCAGUUCCACCAGAUGCUAUCAGAGGUGGAGAGCGACAUCAAAGAGGAGAGAGAGUACAACUCAGCGUUCUACGAGGCCGAUACGGAGGGCAAGCGCGUCCUCCUCCGCACGCACGUAGUGUUCCACAUGCAGGGGAGCACAGCUCGCCGUAGCAAAACUGACCAGUUUGAGAUCUGGAACACGGCACUUGGUGGGAGAUUGACCACCUUGCAAGAUGAUCUUGAGAGUUAUGAUUUGACCCCGCAAACCCUUCAUGUCUUUACAGGGAUGGCAGUUCCAGCAGGGUCAAGUACAGCAGACUCUAGAGUCACGCACUUUGUUCGAGCAAACCCGUCCCACCAUGGGCAACUAUGGUUCUCGCAUGCCGCUAUUAGAGGCGCCGGUGAUGAGGUUUGGUAUGGGGAGAUCCUGCUGCUCUUUAAAAUCCUUGGUAGUGAUGAAAGGUUUGCGUAUGUCCAGUACUACGAUGUGAUCCGUGUUGAUGCCCUCACUGGGUGCAAAGCACUGCGAGUGGCAAAGGCCCCCGGUACACAGCGGGUGUACCGUGACAUCAUUGAUGUCGACACUAUCUUCCGAGCCGUGCAUAUCGUAGAAUCUUUUGCUCGUCCGGGCACAUUUAUGUUGAAUGAUUAUUUAUUUGACUAAGCUUGUGGUGGUAUAGUUGUUCGUAUAGCAAGGCUACUCCGUAGCAGACGUACCUAUGCCAUACCUACUGUAUACCUACUCCGUAUUUCUGAUCCUGGAAUUUU